GUGGCUGUGCAGGGGAAGAGAGGGAAAUGUGUUCGCGACAGAGGAUUUACAAAGUCAAGGUGAUGCGGACAGUAGAACCAUAACCAACAGCUUCACCUGGGCUCCAGCAGCCUCCAGCCCGGCCUGAGAGCGCCCUGGAGACGAGCGACGACUUUCCUCUUUCCGCUCCGGGCUGGGCGCACUCCAGAAAACGCCUUCCCGAUUGCACAGCGUCUCUGCCUGACUCUGUAUCCCAGCCCGAGGGAGUCCCCUUGAAGAAGCGAAGAGACCAGGGCCCUUUCUCAUCAGACCAUGGCAACUGGCUCCAUGGUGCUUGGACUGGUGGUGGCGCCCAUGGGCUGGGUCUUGCUGCUGGCAGCCACGGUGACCCCGCAGUGGAGAGAAUUCUCCAGGCGGCCCGGCUUCCCGCGGGACGUUUCCUUCAGUGACGGGCUGUGGGAAAGCUGCGUGGAGGUGAUCAGCGUGCCGGGCAGCGUGUGCCAAGCCAUCCCCCAGGAGACUGCCAUCUCCUGGCCCAUGCAGAUGCUGAGAGCACUCACUGUCAUCUCAGUGCUUACAGGGGUCCUGAGCUACUCUCUAGCCCAUGUGGGGGUUCGCUGGUGGACAGACCCGCCCAACCCCAAGCUUACGGGAACUGCUGGACUCCUGCUGGUUCUCUCUGGAGCCAUGUAUCUAUGUGCCACAUCCUACAUGGCUUACAAAGUCCUAGAGAACAUGGCCAACCCUCAGACCCCUGCUGGGGACAAGUUCCAGCUUGGGACCUGUCUCUACCUUGGCUGGAGCGGCGGAGUAGCUGAGAUCUUGGCUGGGAUCUGCCUGGCCGUCAAUUUCCCAAGGAAGGAGGAAAGCAGCCCAGGGAAUGUGGCUGCUCCUUAUGAGGUGGAUUACUGAGGAGGGGCUCCCAGGCUAGCGCUGGGAGAGGAAACUGAGGGAGUUGGGGACUCUUCUCUGGGGGAUUACAACUGUCUUUUCCUUGUGCACUGAGUCCACGUGGGUCUCCUGCUGUAGCUGCUUGAGCAUGACUGUGCCUUUACUUUACUGCGCUAGGAUCAAGCUGCGCAUCUUCAACCCCGCAGGGCUGGCAUUGCUGGUAACAGGGAUGUACGGGCCGGCCAGGCAGGGAAAAUCACCCCCCGCCCCCCCCAACACACACAAUCAAGCCAAUUUUAAAGAUGGGCUGAUGAUCGUUUCCCUAAUGAAGUGUCUCAGGGGCCCUGCCAGCUUUGUGGUUUUACCAGCCUGUAGGUUUGUCUCCCUGAUGCUACUUGAAAACUGCCCCACCCCCAACCCAGGGGAAGGGGCUGAGGGAGGGUGCAACAGAAAGGGAGUGCAUGCUUCCAGCUGUGUCACAGGGGGCAGCAUCAUGAGGGCAGCCCUGGGGUGGAGAACUGGCAGUGGAGGCUGGCCCAGAGGUGAUCCAGCUGAGGCACAUCGAUAAGGGAGGAGCACAGCUGGCAGCGGAGUCGGGACUCUCUAAGCACAAAUUUGAUAGGGGUGGGAUGGUAGGAAGGAGACAUGCAAAUACUUCUGGCCCUCAGGCAGAAGCCAGCAGUGCUCAGCUGCUCUCCCUGGGCUAUGGGGCUCUGCUCUCCAAUCUGGGGCCAUGGAAGUGCUCAGAUAACACAGCUCACGAUGACAUCACCCACCUCCAGAGUACCCUGGCACAG